UGUAAAUACACAGAAUGAAUCGAGAUUUACAGCCACCAUACAAAUUAGACACGGAUUCAACCGAAAGGAUUAUAAAAGAUUUAUUGAUUUAUAAAGAUGCUCAAUUGAAGGUCAUCCUUAAAAAAUAUAUUGAAAUCACUGCACCAUUAGAAACUUUGAGCGAAGAAAAAUUGUAAAUAAAUCGACUAAAUAAAAAGACAAUAAUUGGUUACUGAAUUUUAAAAAGACAUAGCUGUUUAUGAAUUUUAAAUAGCUAAGGCAGCCAGAUAAUUGGAGGCAUAAAAUUUUGAUAGAGAAUAAAAUUAAGAAUUAAAUAAAUCGAUAAGUAAUUUAUCACAGUGACUUUCUUAGUCGAAGGUGUAAAAUAAACUGAUUUGGAAAUAGAGCAUCUGAAAAGUGUGUAUCAGAUUGAAGAAUAAAUAAAAAUUAAUAGAUAACAUUACGAAAACCUAUCAAAAUAAAUAAGUAGUUAUGAAAAUGUUGACACUGUUAUGAAAAAUAUAGAAGCAGCAUCAAUAAAUAUUGAAUAAUUAAAAAUUCAGCACAAAUAAGCUGCAGAAUUAAUUAAAAUUAAAGAAAAAUAAUUGUUUAUGAUGGUAUUUUUUAAAUUAUUACAUUAUAGUUGCACUUAAUGCAGGAUUUAAUUGAGGUCAAGUAUGAAUAAUGA